AUGCCAAAGAAGAACAAAAAGCAGGUCAGGUCCACUGCCAUCAAGUCGAAGAAUGAUACACAAGAGAGCAGCUCGUUUGGAGGAGACUUUCCGGGUUUGCCGCCACCUGCGACGGGUCAGAAGGGCCUCGUCAACCUUGGAAACACCUGCUACUUGAACAGCGUUCUGCAGUGUCUCAGCGUCUCGAAGCCGUUCAGCGACAACCUCGUCACGCUCUCUCAGGAAGGCCUGGGAGGCGUGGGGGCCUCGCUUUGCUCGGUCUUCCAGGGCCUCAGAGGCAACGGCAAUCAGGGCAAGGUGAAGGGCGGCGGCAACGGCGCCUUCUCGCCGAAGCAGCUGCUGUCGCAGAUUUGCUCCAAGUUCCCUUGGUACAAAGGGCACGACCAGCAGGAUUGCCAUGAGCUCCUACGCACACUGCUGGGCUCGGUGGCAGACGAGCCCACGGCCACGGAGAAGAAGCACAAGAAAGAGGGUGGAGCGCAUAUCCCCAACAGCCCUUGCGGCGAAGCAGAGAAGCUGGUCUGGCAGAGCUUCCGCGGGCACACCUGUGCAGCCGUGCUUUGUUGGAAGUGCCACCGGAUCUCUGUAAGGGUGGAUCCGUUCCUUGAUCUUUCCGUGGAGCUGCCGACCUGCGAGGAGCAGCCUGGGCUUCUAGGCCUUCCUGGUCGAAUCGCACAGUUGGAAGUCGGUGGCAGCUCUUCCUCGACUGCGCCGACGAGUUCCAAGGGCAAGGGCCGGAAGGGCGGCACGCCGGCCGACGCCGCCGAUGUGGAUGCGGACGCGGACGCGGACGUCGACCCUCAGUCUGAGGCUGUGCAGCCGGCAGUUACCUCGCAGGCCCAAGGCACCCCAUUCUGCAUGAGACCUUCGGUGGCGACUUGGUUCCACCCACUCCGACAACCUGCAUCACAGGUUUCAAGAAGUCCCGGAAUGGAGCGCUCCCUUGACAAAGAGUCAGAGCAGGAUGCGGAACCUGGUGUGGACGAGGAGGAGACAUCGAAAACGGAGCCCGAGUCGUUCGUCUUCGAGGUGGAAUUGCGAAAGCGUGGUAAGAAGGAUCCUCGCUGGGGUUUCGGCUGGUGCAACGAGUCGCUGCAGCAGAAAAGGCUGCGCGUUGCAAGUGUCAAUCCCGACACCGUGUUGGACCGUUGGAACUUGAAGAAGAAGUCCAUGGGGGAGGAGGAGCUGGCAGUACGUGAGGGCGAUGAAGUCAUCGCUGUUGGAGGAGAGGCAGUUUUCGUCACCAUGCAGCAGCUCCUGCGGGAGGAGGUGGUGAAGCUGACUCUCCGGCGGGAGAGCUCCAGUGCAUCAGCCUGUCCUGGCAAGAUUUCCGGGACAGCCGCAACUGAGAGCGAUGCGGACGAUCAAGAGGCCGCGGAAAGCAGCGCUCGCAGCUACCUGCAGGCCGCACACGAAUGCCACGCUUCUCUUACAGAGGACCUACAGGCUGUGUUCAGCGAUCCACUGGCGAUCAAGGUGAAUGGCAGCUGCCAGCUUCAAGAUUGCCUCUUCAGGUUCACCAGUUCCGAGGCCGUGGAGGACGACGCAAAGCCCGUCUACCAGUGCUCCGAGUGUGUCAAGGCUCAGCGAGGCUCCGACACGGAGAAGAAGGCCUCUGCUGGCGUGUUAACUGAGCCUACGACAGGAUUCGUUGGUGGUUGUACUGUUGAUGUGCUGCGACUUUGCAAUCCUUGGUUCGGUUCGGGGAUGUCCAUAGCUUUCAAACGACAUGCUACCAGCUCUUUCUUCCAGCUUCAUUUGGCCCAAGCUCGGCGACGAGCCCUUACCGGGGCUUUCCGCCGUGCCCAGGCAAGUUGCCCGGUCUGUGCGAAGUGUCGGCAGAGACUGCUUGGUGGGACGGUCUUCUGCUGCAAAGACAUGUGCAUGUUGCAGGCCAUGAGCAAUGCUGAUGAUGUAGAAGAGACUGAGAUUCUUGCGGAUGCAGAUUUCGCGGAGGAUGAGGGUGGAGACGAGAUGGACGGAGAGAUCCCGAAAGAGGGAGAGGAGGAGGAGGAAUUCAUCGACCUUGGGGUCCUCCAGGAUGUGCAGGAACAGAUCUUUGAGGAGAUGAAGCUCCCAGAGGACAUUGUGGACGAGGCCCGAAGCAGCUGGGAAGCCUUCAUCCAAGCCUCGCGGUCCAGAGAUGCUGCAGGUGAGGCGAUCUACGCUGCGCUCUUCGACGCUGCGCCGAGCCUUCAGAGCCUCUUCAAAACUCCGAGGUCUGUGAUGGCAAUGCGCUUCAUGAACGGCCUCAACAGCAUCAUGAACUCGCUGAAAAAUCCUCCUGCACUGAAGGUCCUGGUGGAGACUCUCGGAUUUCAGCACCUGGACCUGGAAGUGACGGUGCCCCGGGUGGUUAUCUUUCGCGAUGCGAUAGUGGACCUGUUCGACAUGGAGCUCGGCCCCCGUUUCAACAGCAAAGCCAGAGGUGGCAUCGCUGCUGUUAUGAACUACGUCGGCGGAGCCUACAUCUACAUUCGCAGAGAAUAUGCCGGGCGAAUUAAGAUCAUCACGUCGAGCUGGAAGACAGCCAACAACAAGGCUGCAGAUAUCCAGGUGCUCCAGCGCGCAACAUCGUCCAGCAGCGAUGAUCCGGGAGCCGACGAUCAGGUGGAGAAAGAGCGACCAGGUGAGGCUGCGGCACCGCAAGACGAGGGCGCAGCCGCUGAGCCAGGGAAAGAGGGCAACGCCGUGCCCGGCGCACGUGCGAGUGGCGAGGCCGCACGGAUCCAGACAAACGUGCAAGUGCCGAAGACAUUCAACGAGAUGUUCCUUUUCAACAGUGCUGUGAUGGGCUUUGGGAACAGCUUGUGGAUGCAUCUGGUCCUCGAGCAGUUUGACAACAUGGUCACCAACGUGGCAAAUUCUUACCGGAUUCAGGAAGAGUGUGACGUGCUCUCUCUGGUCCUCGCCCAGUACGAGGGGCCGAUCAUCUUGAUGGAGUUCAAAGCUGUGAUGCUGGCAUCUCUGCGUUCUCUCGUCCCGAAGGAUUGGGACUCCGCGCACGAAGUUGCCUGGAACUGGUUCUGGGAGAACGUGGAGCACAUGUUGAAGGCACUCAUGGGGAAGCCCGCCGCGCAGCAGCACGCGUUGGACCAAUUCAUCCUGGGUCUCGACCAGGAGCAGCUCACUUUCCUGAGGCGCGACAUCUACAAGAGGUUUUUCACGCUCGCGCCGGCCGGGCAGGACUACUUCAAGCAGUCCACGACCAGGCUCUACUGGAUUGCAGACAAGGUUGUAGAGAUGACCACAGAGAUGUUCAAGGAUCCGAAGCGGCUGGUAGAGGACAUCUCUGCUCUGGGUUUGCGCCACGUCGGCUACGGCAUUCCCACCGAGUUCUUCGCGCCUUUCGUGUCUGCUGCGGUGGAUGCCGUGAAGACCAUGGAGGCUCAGGAGCUCGCGCAAGAUGCCUUCCGAUGGUCCUUGACCCUGGUGUCUAAGAUACUCGUCCGAACGAUCUUGGAAGGCUCUACGAUUGUCAUGAAGGCCAUCAACACCAACGACGCCAAGCAGUUGCGCAAGGCCAUCUCGGUGGCCCCGCGAGGGAAGCGCGCCCAGGAGCUGCUGAACAUCACGGUGGGCACGAAGUCCAUCUCGCCGCUGAUUUGGUCCAUCGAGAGCGGCAGCCUCGUCACGGCCAAGGCGAUGUUGGAGGAUUUGCUUGUGAUCCGGGCGGAUCGGGACAACUAUUACUUCGGCUGUGACCACUUGUUCGAGCGCCAUCCGGAAAUCAUCCAACGUCUAAGCUUCGAUGCCCCACAGCUCCUGCCCACGCUGCUGGAUGGUCUGAUCUGGCGUUCGCGGACAGCCAUAAACGGCGAGAGAAGAGUGAACUACUACGUCAAGCACCUGAUACAAGACGAGGAAGGCCACUUCAACCAAGCUCUGGCGUGGAUCGUCGAAGGACAUGACCCGAAGAUCAUCUGCCACGAUGUGGUGGUGCUCUUCUCGGAUCUGCUUUGGUCCGGCUUGGCCGGCCAGACCUUCUUGCUGGGAAGGUGCUACUUCCUCUUUACUCUCGCGGUCUUCAUCACAGGGCAGUCGAUUCUGCAGCAGCUGCGAGAAGACCCGGCGAAUCAGACUGAUGGAGAGCGGAUCGCCAUUUUUGCGUGCCGCAUCACCAUCUAUGUCUUCAGCAUGGGUGCCCUUCUAAUAAACCAGAUCCGAUGCCUCAUUUCGGACAUCCGUUCCCGCAACCUGGUCAAACUGUUUGGCGUCAUCCCAUUCCCGCAGUAUCUGACCAACACCAUGCAGAUCGGCAACCUGGCGCUCAUGCUGUGUCUGCUGGUGAUGUGCACGCAGGAGCCAAUUUUCCACUGCCUGAGCAGCGCCGAAGAGAGCUUCAAGGACCUCCUCUUCCACCAGCACUGCCAAGCGGGGGAGCUGCGAAAGGAGACCUACGCGACCAUCUCCAUGGUCGCCAUGCUGCUGUACUGGGCACUGCUUCUGGACUUGACAAUUUUCUCAAUGCGAAUCUCUGCAUUCACACUGGUUUGUGGGCGGGUGCUUAGCGAGCUGGGCCUUUUCUUGAGCUCCUUAGUCUUCUUGAUCGUCACCUUUGCCAGCUCGAUAGCUGCAUUGAACCACAGCUGCGAAGACUUCAUCGACAUUCCCGUCGGUGCGCUGUCUUUGAUGGAGAUCUCCUUGGGGAUGUUCCCAAGCCAGAACUUCCAGGCCAUCCAAGAUGAAAUCUCCGUGCUCUUGACUGUGAGCCUCUUCAUUAUCGUUGUCAUUGUUUUCCUCUUGAACCUCUUGGUGGCGCAGCUCAACGGGGCAUAUGCCAGUGUCUACGAUGACAUGGUGGGCUAUGCGCGCCUGACGCGGGGCAGCAUCAUCGUCACCGCCCUGGAAGCAGUUUCUGCAAAACGCUGGGAGCGUUUCCUCUCCUCCCUCGGCUUCGAGGAGCGCCUCGAGUUCAACGAGGGCGAUGUAGGUCUUGCUGGUGGCAUUCAAGUCACGGAACCGGCCAAUGAGCACCCAACUACAGUGGAGAACAUCCGCCGCUUCGGCGGCUCCACAUCGCCAGCCAUGCCCUGGCCCGAAGAGCUUCAUACCGAUGAGGCCGAGGACAAGCUAGAUCGGCUUGAGAAGGUCAUCCUCCGAGCCACCAAGAAGAUCACCAGCCGAAGCAAAAAGAAUGGAGCUGGGAGUUCUGCUGCCGGGAGCUCUUCCAUGAGCUCGAUGUCAGAUUCAAGUGCCGGAGGCUCCUCGGAGUGA